GACAAUGCAUUUGCAGCAGCCAAAAUCGGGGCUCCAGGGAUUUGGAAAGAGGUCGGAUCCUCCACUCCGAUGCCGCCAUCGCCGGGGACGACUCCAUUCCAUUCGUGGCCAACACGCUCAUCAGCAUGUACUCCAAGUGUGGCGCCAUGGCCGAGGCUCGCGCCGUCUUCGACAAGAUGCCCCACCGCGGUAUCGUCUCCUGGACGGCUUUGAUGCUGGGCUACACGGACAGUGGCUAUGGCGACACGGCCCUGGAGCUCUUUGAGGAAAUGCAGGCCCACGGCUGCCAGCCCAACGCUCGAGCUCUCGUCGCGGCGCUCAAGGCUUGCUCCAGCGUCGCUGCCAAGGAGGAGGCCCAACGCGUCCAUGGAAAGCUCGUGAAACCGAGCUCGCUCCACAGAGGUAUGGCGCUUCACUCGAAAGCUUCCGAGUGUGGGUGUGAUACUGAUGGUUUCGUGACUAGCAGCUUGAUCGCCAUGUAUAUCAAGUGUGGGAGCCUGGAGGAAUCGCGCAGGGUUUUCGAGGGGAUCAAGCACCCGGACAAGGUCUCUUGGACGUCGCUCAUGGCCGGGUAUGUCGAGAACAAGCAGGAGGAGAUGGCUUUGGAUUUGCUUGCACGGAUGGAAGCUCGAGACAUGGAAGCCGACGCUGUGACUUUCGUGACUGCGUUAAACGCUUGCGGCAGCUUGGCAGCCAGGGAGGAGAGAACUCUAGCCGGAGAUGGGAGCUUUGUGAGAUGGAGAGCUCUGGAAAGAGGCAGGGACGUGCAUGCUCGAGCUGCGACUUUUGGAUUCGACUGUGACGUCCGGGUGAGGAACAGUCUGAUCGACAUGUAUGGAAAGUGUGGAAGCAUGGUGGAUUCCAGGAGGGUCUUUGAUGGGAUGCCGUGCCAUAGCUUGGCUUCUUGGACUUCUUUGAUGCUCGGGUAUACAGACAGUGGACAGGGAGAGCUAGCUUUGGCACUGUUCGACCAGAUGGGAAACUUCCAGCCAGACAAGCUUGUCUUCGUCGCCGCUCUCAAGGCCUUGACGAGCGUAGCCGUGAGAGAACAGGCCCGGGAAGCGGAUGGAAAGCUCAUGAAGAUCUCUUCUUUGGAGAAAGCAAGAGUGAUCCAUUCGCAAGCGUCGAGCCUUUGCUACGACUCGGACUUGUUCGUGGCCAGCCGCCUGGUAGACGUGUACGCCAAGUGUGGGAGCUUGGAAGAAGCUCGCCAAGUUUUUGACAGUGCUCCUCGUCGAGAUGUUGUGCUGUGGACGUCCCUCAUCCUUGGCUACACUGAGAAAGGCCUGGAAGAAACCAGCCUAAGUCUCUUUUUUCGGAUGCAAGACGAAGGAUGCAGUGCCGAUACACCCAGUUUUCUCGCUGCUCUCGCCGCCUGUGCCAGUCUUGCGAUGAAAGAAGCUGGCCGAAAGAUCGAUGGGAAGCUAGUCAAGCUUCAAAGUCUUGAAAACACGAUGCUGGUGCACUCUCGAGCACUGGAAGCCCGGCUUGACACCGAAACCUUCCUGGCCAACACGCUGGUGGACGUCUACGCAAAGUGUGGGAGUGUUUUGGAUGAUGCUCGCUUGGUUUUCGACACCAUGCCUUGCCACAACGUCGUCUCCUGGACAGCACUCCUCCUCGGCUAUGCGGAAAACGGGGAGUUCUCUCUCGCUCUGGAGCUCUUCUCGGUGAUGAGAUUGGAGAUGAGAGAGUGGGAGCCUGGAGCACAGACCUUCGUCGCCGCUCUCAAGUCGUGUGGAAGCCUGGCAGCUCUAGCUCCAAUCCAUGGCGAUAUAUGCCGGUGUGGAAUGGAGAACAACGGUAUCCUUGCAAACUCACUCAUGGACGUGUAUGGGAAAUGUGGAAGCAUGCUCCACACCCUCCAGAUCUUCGAGUCACUGGCAAGCAAAGAUGUGGUCGCCUGCAACACGAUCAUUGCAGGUUCCAGUCGCCAGGGAGACACCGACGACGUCUUCCAUCUCUUUGCAAGCAUGCUAGACGAGGGCUGCAAGCCCGACGCCAUCACCUUCGUUUGCCUUCUCACGGCUUGCAGCCAUGCAGGUCUUGUGGCCAGAGGCAAGCUCUACUUCGAGAGGAUGACCCGAGAGUUUGGCCUGGCUCCAGGCAUCGACCACUAUACUUGUUUGAUCGAUCUUCUCAGCCGGGCCAACGAGUUAGAUGCGGCAAUCCAGAUUCUCAGGAUCAUGCCUGUGAGAGCAAGCCCAGCAGCGUGGAAGUCUCUCAUGAGCUCGUGUAGAAAGUGGGGAAGCAGUGGUGUGGGAAAGCUUGCAUUUGAGGCACUGGUGGAGAUGGGCGAUGGUGGCGAUGCCUCUGCCUACUCAUUGAUGGCUAACAUUUACCAAGGCUCCACAGGUUGAUACCAAGGUCUUUUUGGAUUAAAGAGAAUUUGUAUGUAUGUAUGUAUUUGUAACUGAAUCUGGUCUAUUCCUUCUUAAUUAAUACAUUUAUUCUUAUAUCC